AUGGACCGACGUGUUAACGUAUACAACACGACGGUAGUUUCGGGCCGACGUAUUAAAUUCUUUUAUGCAGCUGAUGAUUUGAAAAAACAAAUCUCUGAUGGCACUCUGACUGUCUCUGGCAGCAACGAUGUCUUGACCUUGGCUUUGGGAACCCCUAAGCAUGGUGGGAGAGUCAGAGGUGUUGGAGCUGGGGUUUCCCUAACUCAAUUCUUCAAUUUGCCAAGACAGCAGAGAGUAAAAUUUGCUGACAAAUUGAAGGAAAAUGUUAUGGAAGCAGUGAGAGAGGAAACUAAAAAGAUGGAGGCCAGGGCAAAGGAAAGUGUUACGGAGGCAGUCAGAGCAGAGAGGGAAAUUUUGUUGAAACAAUUCAGUCAACUAAUUCCCAACUUUGAUCCCAACUUGCUCGGUAAAACUCCAACUACACCAAUUACUCCAAUUCCUCAAAUUCCACAAGAGCAAAGCCCAAAAGAUCCAAUGUCUGACAAAGCAAGCUGCUCUAAUGUGAGAGCCCUUGAAUUGGAUGAAGACAAUCCCAUGAAUGAUGCUGAUGCUGAUGCUCUUGAAAACCGUCAAGAUGAAACGACGUCGGUUUUUAUUUUACAACCCGUCUUCUAUUUUAACCUAGACGACCUUUCUAUUGUGUAG